AUGACCUUCCACAGCUUGGUCAACAAAGUCUCGGGUCAACCACCUUCCUACAACAAGAAGGCCGACUACAAGUUUGGCAAGACCCUGGGAGCCGGUACCUUCGGUAUUGUCAAGUACGCAAAACAGCACUCGACCGGCGAAGAGGUGGCCGUCAAGAUCAUUGUCAAGAAAAACCUCAAGGGAAACGACCACGUGGUAAUUGAAGAGCUCUCUUUGCUCAAGGAGUGCCACCACCCACACAUCAUCGCCUUCAAGGACUGGUUCGAGAGCAAGGAGAAGUUCUACAUUGUCACCCAGCUCGCUACCGGAGGCGAGCUCUUCGACCGAAUCUGCGAUUAUGGCAAGUUCACCGAAAAGGAUGCCCGACAGUCCGUGAAGGACAUCCUCGAGGCCGUCGAUUACCUGCACAGCAAGGACAUUGUGCACCGAGAUCUCAAGCCCGAGAACCUGCUGUUCGUUACCCCCGAUCCCCAUGCGUCUUUGGUGCUCACCGAUUUCGGUAUCGCCAAACACCUCAAGUCUCCCGAUGAGGUGCUACACUCCAUGGCCGGUUCCUUUGGAUAUGCAGCCCCCGAGGUGCUCAAGGGCACAGGACACGGAAAGCCUUGCGACAUCUGGUCUCUCGGUGUCAUCACCUUCACCAUUUUGUCCGGCUACUCUCCAUUCCGAUCUGAGACCGUUCGGGACUUCCUGGAGGAGAUCGAGGGCCCCAACGCGCUUGUAUUCCACAAAAAGUACUGGCAAGAUGUGUCUGAGGACGCCAAGGACUUCAUCAAGUCGUGUCUAGCUCUAGACCCUGCUCUCAGACCCACAUCUGCGGAACUGCUGAAACACGAGUGGAUCACGGGCGAUACCACCAAAUCUAUCGAUCUACUGCCCAACAUUCGAGAAGGCUUCAACGCUCGAUCCAAGUUCAGACAGGCUAUCGAGGCUGUACGACUGCAUAACCGUAUCAAGUCUCUUAACAUGGUGGACUCUGACGAUGAAGACGAGGAAGAAGAAGCUGUCGCAGACACCGAGAAGCCCUCUCUGCUAUCUGUUGCCAGCAGCAUGCGACCACGAGCCCAUUCGCGGUCUAAGAGUGGCACCGGAGCUGCUGCUUUCCAGGAGGUGGUGCUUGCUGCAAAGAGAAACAAGGAACUUCUUGAGAAGGAGAAGGCGAGCAAACAGGACGCUGCGGAGGAGAAGUAA